UUCGGGGUGGCGGUUUCGUGGUCUCCGCUAACCUGCCUUUUCUGUUUUAUUUCUCUCGCUUGCAGGGUUUAAACGCUCCGAACCGAAACCAGCUCGCCGUUAAGGCUGUUGCGUUAGUUUGACACCUCGAAAAAAAAAAGCGUUUUGUUUUCCCUGGCUAUUCAUAUUUCGUUUUAGGAUUUUGUUUUUGUUUAAGCGGGGCCUAGCGGGCUAAGCCGAAGCCGCGGUGUCGGGUUGAUGCUGAGCCGGGAGAGGGAUUCGGGAACAGCGCGGGCAAGGGUAUUUACACUGUAGUAAACGGCUAAACCGCAGGGGGUGUUUUCCUUGUAAAUACUGUUAUUUGUAUAUACUGUAAAUGAUGACUUCGGUUGGCAGCAGCCGGGCCCGGGGAACCUGGGAGCAGCCGCAGCCACAGACACAGGCACAGAGCCAGACACAGCCACAGCAUAAGCAGCGGCCACAGGCCACAGCAGAGCAGAUUCGACUGGCGCAGAUGAUUUCAGACCACAAUGAUGCUGAUUUUGAGGAGAAAGUAAAUCAGCUCGUUGAUAUCACAGGAAAGAACCAGGAUGAGUGCAUGAUCGCUGUGCACGACUGCAAUGGAGACGUGAACAGAGCCAUCAAUGUGCUGCUGGAAGGGAACCCUGACACGGACUCGUGGGAGAUGGUAGGGAAGAAGAAAGGGGUCUCGGGGCAGAAGGACAGUGGCGGGCAGUCGGAGUCGAAUGAGGAGGGUAAAGAGAGCCGCGACAGAGAGCGAGACGCGAACCGCCGCCGAGGGGGCGUGGCUAGGAGGGGCCGGGGGACCAGCCGCGGGAGAGAGUACCGUGGGCAGGAGAACGGGCUCGAUGGAAAGAGUGGGGGAACCACAGGACGGGGUGCAGAGAGGGGGAGAAGGGGGCGAGGACGAGGCAGAGGCGCUGGCUCUGGCAGAAGGGCGGGCAGGUUUUCUGUUCAAGGCAUGGGCCAGAUUGAUAAGGGCUCAAGAUAUGAUUUUUCGAGAGAUGACAGGACCUUCAACCCAGCCGACUACGCCGAUCCCAGCAGUGCCGAUGACCACUACGGGAAUACAGGCGGGAGCACGUGGAACAACACUGGGAGCUUCGAGCCAGACGACGGGGCCAGACUUGAAUUCAGUGGUGGCGAGGGGACAAAUUAUCCCCGGAAAUUUGAUUCUGCUCCUGGUGCGUGGAGGACCGCGACGGAGGAGUGGGGCACAGAGGACUGGAACGAAGAUCUUUCAGAGACGAAGAUAUUUACAGCUUCCAGCGUGGCUGCGAUGCCUCUUCCUCAGGAGAAUGUGACCAUCACAGCAGGACAGAGGAUUGACUUGGCGGUGUUGCUGGGAAAGACCCCCUCCUCUUCCUUGGAGAACGAGCCUGGUCCCUUGGAGGUGUCCCAGCCUCCCUCUCUGUCCCAGUCUCUGGUGUUCAGCAGUUCCAAACAGAGCUCCCGGUCCCAGGCCCCCUCCUCUGGAGCCGGCUUCCCCCAGCACAACAUGGUCAGCAUGCUGGGGAAAGGCUUCGGAGACAUGGGAGAGCCGAAGGGAGGAAGCGGUGGGGGCCCCGGCACCACCAGCGGCUCCCAGUUCUUGGAGCAGUUCAAGACGGCCCAGGCACUGGCCCAGCUGGCCUCCCAGCACUCCCAGCACUCGCAGCCCGGAGCGGGGCACCCCCCGGCUCCCUCAUCCUGGGACCUGGGAGCAGGAACGCAGCCGUCCUCGCUGGGGCAGUACGAUUUGAAGACGCAGUCCGAGUCUUCUCCUCACAGCCCCUUUGCUAAGCGGCAGUCGUACCAGCCCUCCUCCAGCAUAAUGGAGGCCUUCAUGCAGCAGGACAAAGCCGUCUCCGCCUCCUUGCCCUCCGCCACGGCCCCCCCUUCCUCCCCACUGUCCAGCAAACCCUCCUCUUCCUCGGCGCAGCAACAGAUGUCCCCUGGCUCGUCGGACAACCAGUCCUCCAGCCCCCAGCCCACCCAGCAACACAAACUGAAGCAGCAGAAGAAAAGAACUAACAUUACCACUAAGAUCCCAGCUCUGGCUGUGGAGAUGCCUGGCACGUCGGACAUCGUGGGGCUAAACCUGCAGUUCGGGGCGUUGCAGUUCGGGUCAGAACCAGCCCUGCCAGAGUACGACUCCACCCCAGCAACCAGCACCCCCGCCGGGCAGACCCAGAAGAGCCUCUACACCAGCGCUGCCAGUGAAUCUGUGUCUGUGAUCCCGUCGAACCUGAGCCAGGAGCCUGGAUACCAGUGCAGCGUCCUGCCCCCAGCCUCCACAUACCCACCCCAGCAGCAGCAAGGCUCCACCCAGGCCACGUUGUAUGAGCAGAGAGCCACGCAGACGCGCCGCUACCCCAGCUCCAUCUCCUCCUCCCCGCAGAAAGAGCUUCAGCAGAGCAAGUGGAGCUCCAGCGUGAUGAAUGAAGAGGCUCUCGGUUCGCAGUGUAAUGGGUUUGUCUCGAUGCAGACGACGCAAGCUGUGGAAGUGAAGACAGUAGACUCCCCUCCUGUCUCCAGCAUGUCUUCUCUCCCUGACUCCGUGUCGGCUGCCUCUUCCUCUUCCUCCUCCUCCUCCUCCCUCCUCAUCACAGCCAGCCCGCACUCGACCACUCUGAGCAGCAUGAGCCACAGCGAGGAUCUCCCAGGCACCACGGCGCCCCCUGCCCAGCAGCACAGCAGCUCUUUAUCCACACAACAGAACAGCCUUUCAUCCUCUUCCUCGUCCUCGGCACGCGUUUCAGCAUCACCUUUAAUGCAGCACGCGAGCGUGGAGAGUGAGCCGGUCCUUCAUACCUCGUCCAGCACCUUCUCCUCCUCUUCCUCUUCCUCCGGAGCCGUGGCUGGCGUGUCCAGCUGUGUGUCGGCGGUGCCCCAGGCGGUCAGCGUGGCCUCGUCCAGCCUGGGUCCGGUCAGCAGCCUGGGCAUCGGACUGAGCGGAAACUCCGGUCCCAUCCAGGGGUCCUCGCGCAGCUCCCUCGCACCCGUGUCAGGGAAAGCGCCUCCAAAUCUCCCUCCUGGCGUACCUCCGUUGCUGCCCAACCCCUACAUCAUGGCUCCAGGAUUGCUCCAUGCUUAUCCACCUCAGGUCUAUGGCUAUGACGAUUUACAGAUGCUGCAGACCAGGUUUCCACUGGAUUACUACAGCAUCCCUUUUGCAACGCAGGCCACAGCGCUGACGGGGAGAGACGGCAGCCUGACCAGCAACCCUUAUCCUGGUGACCUCACUAAGUUUGGUCGCGGCGAUGCCUCCUCCCCGUCCCCGGCCACCACGCUGGCUCAGCCUCAGCAGAACCAGACUCAGCAGCACCACGGCGCCCAGCAGACAUUCCUGAACCCCGCGCUGCCUCCGGGUUACAGCUACACCAGCCUGCCCUACUACACCGGGGUGCCUGGGCUCCCCAACACCUUCCAGUACGGCCCCGCCAUGUUCCCUAUGGCUCCUACCUCCUCGAAGCAGCACGCGGUGAAUGUCAACGCAUCGGCCGCGCCGUUCCAGCAGGCCAGCGGCUACGGGUCCCACGCCUACAGCACUGGCUAUGAGGAGUUGAGCCAUGGUCCUGGCGCAGGGGAUUUCUGUAAGGGUGGAUAUAGCGUUGCUGUCGCUGCUGCUGCUGCUGCUGCUGCCGCCGCCGCUGCUUCUGCUUCUGUGCAAAGCAAGCCUGCCUCUGCCUCUGCCAUCACCGGACCCACGGCCGGUGUUUCUGUGACAUCGAGUAACACAGGGGUACCUGAUAUCUCCGGCUCAGUCUACACAAAAACACAGCAGUCGUUCGACAAGCAGGGUUUCCACACCGGCACCCCAGCCACCGCCUUCAACCUGCCCUCCGCUCUGGGCAGCGGGGGUCCCAUGAACCCUGGCACGGCCGCAGGGUACCCCCCCGCCCCCUUCAUGCACAUCCUGGCUCCCCACCAGCAGCAGCACUCCCAGAUCCUACAUCACCACAUGCAACAGGACGGGCAGAGUGGCACUGGGCAGCGCAGCCAAGUGAGCUCCAUCCAACAGAAAUCCCAGCUCAACAAGACAGCUUACAACACUUACAACUGGGGAGCCAACUGAGACGAGAGAGAGGGGGAGAGGAGGAAGACGAGAGAGAGAAUCCGUCUUCAAAGUUUAAAAAAGAAGAUCAGAACUAGUGAGAUUCGAGCUCUGCGGGUCGUUUUUUUUGGUUUGUUAUUUUCCCCCCUGACCUUUACUGUUGUAUGUAAUAUAGACUUUGUAUUCAAAUUUUUUUUCUCAGUUCCACCCCCACCAAGUACUUGCCUACCUACCAAACCACACUCUCUCUCGGUUUUAAUUUUUUGCAUUCAGAUUAUGCAUUUUGAAACGAAACCUGAAUAAUAAAGCUUUUUUUUUGUUGUUGUUCAGCCCCUCCUCCUCCCCACCCCCCUCCCUCUUAUUAGGAGAUUAAGUGAUUGAUAUGGACAGCAUUGUAUUACGACUUUGUCAGAGUGUUUUCUUUUGUACUGUGCUCUAAAUUUAAAUGGAUAAAACUGUCUUGUAUAUAUAUAUAAAAACACAAAGUACUGUC